UUGCACGUUGCCCCGUGACAACACCUUCUGCCAACCUCCACACGAAUCCGCAUCAUAUGCCACGCCCGGCCGAGCAGCCGGAAUUGAGGAUUUGGUAGCAGGCGGCGGUGUCUGCCGGGCCAGCACCUCGUCCUCCUCAUCUUCUUCGUCGUCGGAGUCGAGGACGAUGUAGCGGAGCCAGCAGGGUUCAUGGACGAUGUAGCGGGGCCAGCAGUAGUCGUGGUUGGUGCUUCAGCAGCAGCAGCCGGAGGUGGCGCCCAGACUUCCGCAGGAGUCGAGGACGACGUAGCAACGCCGGCAGGAGUCGGGGACGGCACGCCCACAGCAGCAAACAGGGACGACGUCGCAGCGUCAGCAGAGGCCGGGGACGGGAGACACCCAAUCCGCGGCGGGGACCCAAGCCCUCCGUCCACCAGGCCAGGGGCACGACCUGGAGCAGCACGCGCUGUGUCCAGGGCGGGCAACGUCGCCACGCCGGGCGGGGGAGGCCGGGAGCUCGGCAGAGAAAGCAUGCUCGACUGCGCCGUCUUUGAUGCUGCCGCAUCCGACCUCGGCGGGAGUCCAGAGCGGGACAGGCGGCCACCAGCUGCCGGGGCGGCCAUGCGGGAGGCAAGAGCAGCCGCGGCCAGCGCGGCGGCAGCAGUCGAGGCGGCCGACGGAGUCGGAGAAGACGACACGAACGCGAGGGCCAUAGGCAGCGCCGCGAGAGCUUGGAGGGGAGAAGGGGUGCAGCUGAGAGAGGACGCGGAGAGCAGCCUGGAUCUGGUCUCGGCGGCCAAAAUGGCGGCUGGAGGAAGGAGAUCAAUGCGGCGGCGCCAGUCGCGGCCGCGAGGUCGCGCGAGCCAUAUCCCAAACCGCCGGCCAAAAUUCUCGUGCUGGUAA